GCCUAAUGGAGUCCGGGCAGCCGCGUCACAGGAAAUGCCUAUACUGCCCUCCUCACUCACUUCCGGUGGCAGUCCCUCACCUCCCUCUGCUGUAACUCCUGCCCCUGAUUUCUGUAGCUUGGAUAUGGUGCUAGAAUUCAUUUGGAACUGGGACAGAAACAUGAAGGCUCUGGAGCAAAUGAGGGGCUCAGGAGCCCCCCCACCCCACCUUCCAGAUGACUCUGUUCCAGUGAUGCCAUCAUUUCUGAAUGUGUAAUCAGAUAAUUGCCUUUGAUGAGUUGAGAACAGAUUUCAAGAGCCCCAUAGAUCAGUGCAAUCCAGUUCAUGCGCGGGAGCGAUUAAGAAACAUCGAGCGCAUCUGUUUUCUCCUGCGAAAGGUAUUUUCACUGCCCUGCGGACAGUUCGGAGCUAGCCUACGAUCCUCCUGUGGUCAUGAAUGCAGAUACCUUGAGUUACUGCCAGAAGGAAGCCUGGUGCAAGCUGGCAUUCUAUCUUCUCUCCUUUUUCUACUACCUUUACUGCAUGAUCUACACUCUAGUGAGCUCUUAACUGCAAGAUCUCAUCAUCAGAGACCGGGACCACGAAAAGGCUGGAAGAUGAGGAAGCGUCGCCCACACUCGGGCUUGGUUGAAAGGCCCAGGAGGGGGAUGUUGGAAGCAAGGCAGUCUGUGGCAUGUGUGAGUGUGAGACCCAGCAGGAAGAAUGACUUCAUUCAAAACUGAAAUAAUGCAGCUAGUGGGCUGAGUAAACUGUGAUCGUCUGUUGUUGCUCUGUGUUUUGCAGUCUUUGGCAUUCAAAAUCCCACAUAUGAGUUGUAUAUCACUUCGGAGAAUCGGG